AUGCCUCUACACCUCCUCGGCAAAAAAUCAUGGAACGUCUACAACCCCGCCAACAUCGCCCGCGUGCAACGCGACGAGGCCGCAGCCCAAGCACGCGAAGAAGCCCACGAGCAGCGCAUGCAAGAGGACGAUGCCGCGCGUCGCCUAGCCAUCCUCCGCGGCGAGACACCGCCUCCCCUCAGUGAAUUAGAGCAACAGCCAGAACUUGAACCCAAACCUCGCGACCGCGACUCCUACUCCACCACCACCCGCAAACGCAAACGCCAUGGCGAAGACGACACCGAUUUCGAGAUGCGCAUCGCCCGUGAGCGCGCAGCAGCGGGCGACCGCGCAACCCGCGAGUUGGCGGGUCCUUCUUCUUCUACGUCUUCUUCCCACCCGCGCUCGUCCACUCGACCCGGCGUAGAACCCUCCCUAGUCGAUAGCAAAGGGCACAUCACCCUCUUCUCACCGCCUUCCCCCUCCCAGCAACCCCGUGAACCCCACCCCGAAGUCGCGCGCGAAGCGGCGCACAAGGAGCGGGAGCUGAAGGAUCAGUACCAGAUGCGACUUGUUAAUGCGGCGGGGAAAGAUGGGGCGGGGUUGACGGAUGGUGGGCCGUGGUACGCUGCUGCUGCUGCUGCUGCUGCGGCGAGGGAUGGCCAGGCGGAGGAAGGAUCUGGGACCGUGGAAGUGGUGGAGAAGAAUGUGUUUGGGAGGGAUGACCCGGGGAGGAGGGUUAGAGCGGCUGCGAGGUUGGAUGCGGGGGAUCCGCUGGGGAUGAUGAAGAGGGGGGCGAAGAUGGUGAGGGAGUUGGAGAAGGAGAGGAGGAAGGAGAGGGAGGAGAGGGAUAGGGGGAUGAGGGAGUUGGAGAGAGAGGGAGAGAGGAGGGAGAGGAAGAGGAGGAGGGGGGAUGAGCGUCGGGAGGAUAGAUAG